UUCCGACAUACGCCCUCUAGCUCUUAAAAUUGGAACAGCGCCAGACGGAAACCACUGACGCUGAAUGACGUAGCAACAGGUUGUCAAUCAUGUCGAAGCCUCUAACAGGAUAACUGCUCAUUCUGAUUCUGAAUUGUGAGCAGUUUUCAAGAAAUAUUGAACAAAGGUCACCAGAAUAACCUCUCCUUGACCUUUGACCUCUAACGUCAGGACUGCAACCAUGGCAGAGCUUGCUGAAAGGCAGCUGGUGGUAGAUGCCAUGUUUGCUCAGUAUGACAAGGAUUGUAAGGGGGAACUGAACCCAGUGGAACUGCAACUCUUGCAUGAGAGCCUACGCAUGGGAGGAAUCAGUAUACCUCAGGUGGCGGCAUCCAUGAUGUACUGCUGUGCCUUUGAGGAUUCCUGUGAUCCUAGUGAACUGUUCAGUGUCCUGCAGGAGAUGGACAGAAGGUACUUCCUUCUCCAGGACUUCUGCUGGGAGUUCAAUCUCCUGGACAGGGAGCAGAAGGGCUUCAUCACAGAGGACCAAGCAAGGUUCAUGUUUGAAGCUGUGCAUGGAAACCUCUUCUCUCGUCGUCGUUGGGAGAAGUUCGUGCGUAACAGGCCAGUCAGAGGAAGCGGUAUCAGCUUUGCAGAGAUUGAGGUGGAACUGUGUAAUAUUCCUAACAGACAAGAAAUAGCCUUGGAAGAAUAUGAAGAGCUAAGGGAAAAAGAAGAAAGAAGCAAGAAACAUGAAGGGAAAAGGCAGCAGGAGGAGGAGGCCAGAGAAGCGAAGAGAAAACUAGAAGAUGAAGAGAGGAGGAGGAAAGCAGAGGAGCAGAGGAACAAGGAUAAUGAGGAGAGAAGAAGAAGAAAGGGAGAAGAGGAGAGGUUGGAAGACCAAAGAGCCCAAGAACACAGGGAGAGGGAAGAUGAAGAGAGAGGAAUAAGAGAAGCAGCUGAACGAGAAGAGGAUCGAGAUAAGAAGGAGAUGAAAGACAAAGAGAAGGAGCGGAAUAGAGAGCUUGAGAUCAUUGAGGUUCAGCAAGCCUUGGAGGCGCAGAGGGAGCUGGAGGCUAAGGCUAUAGCCCUCCAGGAGGAGGAGAGAGCAGAGAUGGAGAAGAAUAAGAAUGUGGAGGACGAAGCUAAGGAAGCAGCAGAGAGGGCUAAUGCAGCGGAGGAGGAGGCUAAGAAAGCUGCAUUGGCCGUCAAGGAAGCCACAGACUCAGCAAGCAAGAAGGCAGCAGAGGAUGCAGAGAAAGCUGCUAAAGAGAAAGCAAAACGUGAACGUCACAACAAGAUCCGCAAGGAACUCAAGGUGGCCAUCAAAGAAAAGGACAAGGCCAAGUUACAGAAGUCGGUCAAGGAUUUCAAGGAUGCUAAGCUCGCUGACACAGAGGGUGAUCUUGCGAAGGCAGAGUCCAUCCUCAAACGCUUCAAGGCCAGAGAUGAUUUGGUGAAAGCCAUGGACAAGCGCAGCCUGGAGGAUCUUGAGAAGGCCAUCAACUUUGUCAAGAAGAACGGCUACGAGGCCCACAUGCCCCAGGAGAUGAUCAAAGCUAACAAAAUGCUGCUGUCCCUCAAGCGUCUUAAGCGCCUCCGGGACGAGAUCCUCAAUCUGAAGCAAAGUACCGUGGCUGAGAUUCGCAGUUACUCCAAACCUCCGGACCAAGUCCAUAAGGUCAUGACCGGCACAUAUCUGUUGCUAGGCAACAAGGAGAAGGAACUGCUGGUCUGGAAGGGGAUGCAAGCCCUCAUCGGUAAGACGGGUAAAGAUGGCUUGAAGCGUCGGGUCAUGGAGUGCGACCCCAACAAGAUUGCUCUCAAACCUGCUGAGCGUACUAUUGCCCUACUGUCAGUGUUUGACCUGGAGCAGGUCAGGGACGUCAGUGCAGGUGCUGCUGUGUUCUUUGCCUGGUCUACAGCCACGGCAGAGGAUGUCAUUGAGAGAGAGAGGCAGAAGGCAGAAGGUAUCACGCCAACUCAACUUCAGAAGGGACACAAGACUAUCAAAACAGAGAUGAAAUCUGGAAAUAUCACCAUCACCAUUUAGAAGGAACAAGAAGGACAUUACAGCGUUACAUAGUGGUAUAUACAUAUAUAUUGGAGAGGAAUAUAAAAUAGAUGUUUUUAUUGAUUGGGGGAUAGAAGAGAGGAAGAGAGAGAGAGAGAGAGAGAGAUGGCAGUAACUAUUAUGAGGGAAAGAAACAGAGAAAGGAAGAUGUAUGGAUAAUAAUAAUGAUAUUGGGUUCUUAUCUGUCAGACUUGACACUCGUGGUGCUCCCAAUUAUUACCCUGGCUUUAGCAUGGCUGCCUUACAAAGCUCUAUUAUUUCCAGGAAUUAAUUCCUGCCAGGUACCGAUUUACAUCACCUGGGUUGAAUGUGGCAAAUGUAGAUCAAUGUCUUGCCGAAGGACAUUAGUGCUGGGGCGGGAGUCGAAACACGGACAUUGUGAUCUACAGUCCGGUGACUUAUCCACUCGACCAAGACACCUCUAGAGAGAUUGAAGCAGAAAAUAUAAGGAAAUACAAUAAAAACUAUUUAAAAAAAGGAGAGAUAAAGAGUUAGAAAUAGUGGAAAAGGACAUGAGAAGGAAAUCAUAGGAUAUAAAGAAAUGAGAGAGAGAGAGUGAAGGGGAAGGGGAAAGACAGAUAUUCAUAUAUAUAUAUACUUCUAUGAAUAGAUGAUUUAGGGGAUAUUGUCUUCAAAAUGGUUAUCAAUUACUUGCACAAAAUAAUGUAAUAAAUUCUGUACAUUAUGAAAAGUGAUGUCAUUCAUAUUAAUCUAUAUAUACAGUACCUAUAAUAUUUUGAGAAUGAGAUGACAUAUUAUUUAUCUUUUAUACUGAAUUUGUUUACCACCGAAUCAUUUUAUACUAAAUCAACUCCACCAUUUUAUUUUUCUUCCUAUUGAUAAUUAUUAUGAAUCAUUUGGACAGCUUUGUGUACAUUGUAUCUUGUGUUGAUUACAAAUUAUGUUUAUGAUAUGUGUACUAUGUAGUGAUUGUGAUGAUGAUGUUUUGUAAACCAACCACUGUAUGUCAGAAUUUGAUUAUCAUAUUCCUUUGGUGUAAUUUAUUUUUGUAUACUGUAGAUGGACAUAUCAUUUUUAUGUAUUGCAUGUAGGGCCAUGUCUUUCAACAUACCGUACUGUAUAUUGAGUUUGAUGUGUUGUGUGAUUAUGUUCAUAGUCUUUAUUAUUUAAGUCAUUCAACAAUUAUGCAUUCUAUGUAAUAUAUUUAUUAGAAUGAAUUCAUAAGUUAUAUAUCCUAUGGAGCUACAAAGUCAUUAAUUCUGUGUUAAAGUAUAUGAGUUACCACCCUUGUGGCUCCAGACGUAAUAUCCUGUUAACAAACGUACUGUACGGUAUAAUCUGUAAAUCACGGAGUUAUCUUUAAAUUGGCAAUGGUUGUUUUGACACAAAGAUUAAAAUGUGAUCCUUUUGCUCAAAUAUGCCAGUAAUUGUCAAACCAAGUUGAAGUGUUACUAUCACCGGCCAGGCACCACAAAACCACAUAUUUUCAAUAUGAGCCCAAUAAAGCUGUACUUGGCAAGGAUGGUCAAAUUUUACUUUUUGAUGUUUCCUGAAAGAGUACCAGUAUACAUAUUUUCAGCAGUGUUUUGUAGACCUAUGUUUGUAUGAUCUUUAGUUUGAUGCAGUAGUUUCUUUACGAUCCUGGCUACUGGUCUCAUUUUGAUCUCCAAUAUCUUUAAAACAGAGUAAGCUGGAUACUCAGACAAAUUAAAGAUGAAGAACUUGGCGAUCACUACAUAACACUGAGCCAACGGGUAUUACGCUCCCGUACGAACGUACGCAUAAAGGGACACUAGUACGCACGGGAGAGUACUCCCUGUUGGCUCAGUGUGCUGCCCUCUAUAUACCCACUCUGGAUCCAAGCAGACAACUUUUAACCUUUGGAUUAAGUCAUCGAUCAGUGGAGACACAUGUUUGUUUUCUUUUUCUGUUUGUAUGUGUGUGUUAAAUGUAGAUAAUUUAUUUAGUGUAAAUCACUUGUUAGUUUUAUAUUGUAACAUAACAGAAUUGAAAUAUAAAAAUGCAUCUUGAUGUACAUGUACAAUAUACCUUGGCCUUUGAAAUGCCAAUGUUUAAUUGGAUGAUUAUUAUUUAUCAUUUUUGCAGAUCAUGCUUUUUCUUAAAUUAAAAAGAAAAAUGAUACUGUUGCCUUCAUGUGUUCAUUGUACAUUCAUGUGUACACAUGGAAGUGCAAAACUUGAUUUCAGUAUAAAUGCUAAUUGACUUUUUGAAUGAUAAAUCGAGAUUGAUUUCUUGGCCCAUAGCCCUUUACCAUUUGUUCAAAUGGGACACCACAAGAGAAAAAAUAUGAUCCAAUUUCACUGGUUAACAAACUUCACAAGGUUAAUUAUGUCAAUCAAUGUGAUUUAGAUGUAGAUGUUGGUCUCAUGCACCCUAAGUUGAUCACAAUUUCAAACUUUGUGUAUUUUUCAAUUCUGAGCAAACUUUAAAUAAAGUUCUAGGAUGAACAUGAAAUAUGUAAAUGCACAUUUUUCUUGAGAGAGCGACAAAAUGCCACUAUAGACAGGUAGCCUUAUAGAGAGGUAGCCACUGUUAUAGACAGGUUUGACUUUAGGUGCUAAAGUUCAUGUAAUGUAUGUAGAGCGCCAACAUUUGGAAUUCUCAGUGUAUAAGCCAAUAUUUUGCAUAAAGCUGUAUUCAUGGAUCAAGGGUUCAAUGACCACUUUGCACGUUGUUAAAUUUGACUAAAGCCACAACCACUACCAAUUACUUUUCAAUAAUUAUCAUUCUAUUUCCUUGAAUCAUGAACUCAUUACUGAGUGUUACAAUCACUCUAAUAUAAGAAUUAUUUUGUGAGAAAGAAAUGAAAAUAAUCUAUGAAAGUGCCCCAUUACGAUGGUCUCAAACUGCGCCACAUGACCAGGUGAGGGCUAGUGCUAUAGUGUAUAGACACCGACAUGGUCAACUUGAGUGACUUUGAGAUGUGAUAUUACUUGAUGGAAUUAUUUAUUCAUAUAUAAUAUUAUAUUCGUGAUCAAUGAGCGAUUUACAAAAUUUAUGAAAAUAACUGCUUAUACAGAAUUGAAGUUUUUGUACGAUUCUGUCCACUUAUUCAUAAUAUUGAGAUCAUUAGAAUUGGAACAACUGGUGCAACUUAUUAGUUUUUUUAAUGUAUUUACUUGUACUAGAGAUAAAUUCCUUUUCACCAUUCCCACCUCUUAUCUGUCCAUGUAUAUGCAUGAUGAUAAUAUCUAAUUAUUACGCCUAUUUUAAAUUUGUAAAAGUUGUAUAUUUUCAAGAACAUAUUAUAAUGUCUGUAAUUUCUUUCAUUGAUUUAGAUAUGCCUUUAUACAGUAGGUAGCAAUAAAUAUAUCUCUAUUUCAUGAAA